AAAACAAGUGUAGUGAACCCCUCUGUUUCUCUUCUUUUGCCAUCAGAAAGUUGUCGAAAUCCCUUCUCUUUGCACGUGCUUCUUUCAUUCUCUGAACCUGCACUUGUCGUCAACAUAGAAGAAAAUGAACCCACAUGGAGAACUUUGCACUGAACGGGUUCCCGGAAAAGGCGAACGUGUAGCCAAAAACGGUCGAGAAUACAAGAGAUCUCUUCCUUUAAGUUCGAUCAAGCUUACCAUGUCGCUUGAGAGUCGGCCAACGUGGGCUACUCGGGCCAGUGUGCGUUCUGGCAUUCUUAGAUUCGACCCUCAUGCAGAGGAUGAGGUCAUCAAAUCGUGUCCAAGUUAUGGCAACGUGUUUCAGGCCUAUACUCUGGAAAAAGUGAACAAUGCUGAGCAUGGUGAUGACAAAAUGUUGGUCGGAAUGAACUUUUAUCCAGCACUGCACAGGAUGUUGCAGAGUAAGCAAGAAUGGGGCCAUGAUUUUAAAUUUCGAGGUCGAUCAAUCUUUGGCUUCGGCGUAUUAGAAUGGACUGAAACUAUCUUGGAGACCUUCAAGGAUACCUUAUACAAAGCAGGUAUAUAUGGAGCUGUUGCUGUUUCUCGCUAUCCUUACGAGUCUUCAAAGAAUGUUUGGAGGGCAUUUUGUGAAUUAUGGGGCCCUUUGUCCAACACAUUGCAUUUUGCCGAUGGUGAGAUGAGCAUUUCUUUAUCUGACUUGCAAGCUAUCGGAGGUCUGCCCAUUUCUGGCGUUCCGUAUGAAGAAUUUCUUCCGACUAACAAGGAUUUGCGGAAUAAAGAUUUAUAUCCUCCCACAGUCCUGGAGCUUUUACAGAUACAUUCUGCAUUGUGUAUCGAGUAUGGGUACGAUGCCAUUUACUGGGAUCAAUGGCUUACCCAUUUUUUCCGAGGGGAACUCAUAUAUGCUUCACCUGGUGAAGGCAAGGCAGUGCUGCCGAAGCCAAGGACCCCUAGACUACCAUUGAGAAUUUCUGAGGAAGGGAAGCUUGCUGCUUUUCUUGUAUUUUGGUUGUGCAGGUUUGUCUUACCCGCAUGGGAUAAAACAAUAAGGCCAGAGGCAUUUCAUAUGGCGUGUUUGAUGGCAAAAGGAGUUAAAGUUUCCAUUGCACCAACAACAUUAGGAUAUAUUUAUCACCGUCUUGGAGAAAUUGCUUCUUAUCCGGUAGGGGAUGUCCCCCCAAAGUGUGCUUACCCAUACAUUAUGUACUUGGCUGGCUCGGGGAAUAUUUUCCACAGUUGUGUAAACGACGAGCGGACAGUGAGUUUCCAGCAGAUUAUCCGCGUCUAGCGAGGUAUGCUUAUGUUGCAAGCAAAGAUUUGUCCAUUACUUGUGCCAGAAUGGUCUUUCGGGAUAACAAGUCUGUAAUCUAUCGUCCCCAUGCUUUUCUCGAAACUGAGGGCUGUUUUUUGUUAGACGAUGAGACUCUGUCAGACGAGAGAUUUGAGUUUCUUUUUGGCCUACGCUCUGCAUGCCUUCCUGUGAGAGUUGAUGGUCAGCUUAUUUUAGAGCCGUAUUAUCCCAACAGAUUUGCACGUCAAUUCGGCUAUGAUCAGAGUGUUCCCUCUAACCGCCUCUCUUUUAGUGUGUCGAAGAGGAAGCAGUGUUUUGUUGAAGAUUUAGCGAGAGCCCAAUCUAUUCUUUACAGGAGGAAUACAACAGCUCAAAUUUAUAUCCCGAGAUCGACACGUGAAGGAGAAUGCACUUGGUGGUACUGCAAGUGGUGGUUGAAAGCUUGUAUACCUUAUUUAGGGCUUUCCGUAUCGAAGACUUUCAAGACUUUCACUCAGAAAUCUCCUGAGCCUGAUCAUCGUGUCUUUAUAGUGAACAAACUUGCUGAAGUUUCUGCGGAUUUGAGAAAAGAAGUUCAGAUUUCAUCUUUACCAAGGCCAGAGAGUCAGAAUUCUCAAACGAGCCUUAGCAAGGUUGGGCCAAAUGGUGAUAACCGUAUCAGUAGUAAGCACAUUAACCAUGAGAAGGUGGCGACCCAUAAAGGGACAGUAUCCAGAGAGGUGAGUCUUCCCCAGACAGGAUUUGGCACUCAAGAUGCUCAAAAGGCACUCAAGAGGAAACCUGACAGUUUACAUCCUUCUAAUCCUUCAGCAGCUGUUCGAAAUGUCCAACAAACAGAAAGUGGAUUUAGCUCUAAUACUGAUCCUUCUAGAGCAGAGAUUGUAGCUCGAACUUCUAAAAGGCAACCUGUAGAGCGUCAGAGCAACGGGCGUCCCCAAAGGGCUCAAACCACUAUUGAUCAAGGUGUUAAGAAAACAGUUGUGCCUCAGAAAGCUUGUAUUUCUAGCAAAAAUCCCUCAACCAAGUGCAUGCCAACUGUAGAGGAUGUGGGGAGCUUUCUAUCAGCCAUAGUCGAUCCUGGGCUGGCUUUAUUCACGAGGAACUAUCUUAUUGGUCAUGUGAGUGACAUUUUUGUGAAAGUUUCUUCCUCAAAGACACCAGAAGAUUUAUUGGCCCAUCAUGAAGAAAUCCAAUUAGCUUUGGGUAUGCUCCAUCCCGUUAUUGAGUCUUUGAAGUCUGGUAAAGAUCUGUUCGAGAAAUUUACCUCUACCAUUAGAGAUAUGCUAGCGGCUGCAGUGGAUUCUUCGAGAACUAUUGCACUUCUGAAAGAGAGCACAGGAGUUGAUGUUGAGUUUGCUGAUAACCUGAUUUCUGACUAUGAGGCGUGUAUGAAAGUCAAACAGGACUUAGACUCCCGGUUGGCAGAUUCUUCCAAGAAGCUCCAAGACUUGCAAGCUACAGAACUUGAUAUCAAAGCUGACGAGGAGCGGGUUAGGAAGCGUCGUCGGAAACAUGACAGUCAGAAGGCCUCUAUUGAGAACACCAUAAAGUUGCUGAAGGAAUCCAUAAAAGAGCAGGAGGAUCAAGGGCGGCAACUUCUUAAAGAGAAGUCAGACUGUGUAAAGGACAAGCUUCCAGAGAUCGAACAGGCUAUAUCUUCAAGCAAGCUGGAGCGAGAAAAGUAUCAGAAGUCAUUUGAUUCUUUUAUUUCCCUUUUUCCAACUGCAUAGAUGUUCGGAUGUUGUUUCUUUCUUUAUGAUUUUGUUUGGGACUCUUGUUCUCCCUCUCUUUGGUUAGCCCUUGCUUUAAAUGUACUUCAGUUUAACUGCCUUCAUUUUGUGAUUGCUUUCAUUCUCCUGUAAUAAAAAGAACUGAAGUUAUCAUGAUUA